AGCUGGGACUUUGGCCGCGGGUUCCGCCGUCUCGGGAGCCCUCGGAGCCCUGGGUCCGGCCGCGGAGAUCGCGGCGGGGGCGGCGGCAGGCCUCCCGCGCAGCCGCGAUGCUGGGCUCCCGGGCUGAGGCGGCGAUGACCGCGGCCGACAGGGCCCUCCAGCGCUUCCUGCGGACCGGGGCGGCCGUCAGAUAUAAAGUCAUGAAGAACUGGGGUGUUAUAGGUGGAAUUGCCGCUGCGCUAGCAGCAGGAAUAUAUGUUAUUUGGGGUCCCAUUACAGAAAGAAAGAAGCGUAGAAAAGGGCUUGUGCCUGGCCUUGUCAACUUGGGGAACACCUGCUUCAUGAACUCCCUGCUGCAAGGCCUGUCUGCCUGCCCCACCUUCAUCAAGUGGCUGGAAGAGUUCACCACCCAGUACACCAGGGAUCAGAAGGAGUGCCCCCAACACCAGUACUUGUCCUUGACACUGUUGCGCCUCUUGAAAGCUUUAUCCUGCCAAGAAGUCACUGAUGAAGAGGUCUUGGAUGCAAGCUGCUUGUUGGACGUCUUAAGAAUGUACAGAUGGCAGAUCUCUUCGUUUGAAGAGCAGGACGCUCAUGAGUUAUUCCAUGUCAUUACCUCGUCUUUGGAGGAUGAGCGGGACCACCAGCCCCGGGUCACACAUCUGUUUGAUGUGCAUUCCCUAGAGCAGCAGUCAGAAGUGACUCCCAGACAGAUCACCUGCCGCACCAGAGGGUCACCUCAUCCCACAUCCAACCACUGGAAGUCCCAGCAUCCUUUUCAUGGAAGACUUACUAGUAACAUGGUCUGCAAACACUGUGAGCACCAGAGUCCCGUUCGAUUUGAUACCUUCGAUAGCCUUUCACUAAGUAUUCCAGCUGCCACAUGGGGUCAUCCACUGACCCUGGACCACUGCCUUCACCACUUCAUCUCGUCGGAAUCCGUGCGGGAUGUCGUAUGUGACAACUGUACGAAGAUUGAAGCCAAAGGGACGCUGAAUGGGGAGAAGGUGGAACACCAGAGGACCACGUUUGUCAAACAGUUAAAACUAGGGAAGCUCCCCCAGUGUCUGUGCAUCCACCUCCAGCGGCUGAGCUGGUCCAGCCACGGCACACCCCUGAAGCGGCACGAGCACGUGCAGUUCAACGAGUUCCUGAUGAUGGACAUCUACAAGUAUCGCCUCCUCGGACACAAGCCCGGUCACCGCAGCCCCGAGCUGCACGAGAAGGCGGGGCCUGCACUGGAGCUGCAGGAUGGGCCGGCAGCUCCCAAGCCAGUUCGGAAUCCCCCCGGGGGCACCAAAACACAGAUUCUCAUGAACGGCGCCUGCUCCCCGUCUUUCUUGCCCACGCUGCCAAGCCCGAUGCCCUUCCCCCUCCCAGCUGUUCCUGACUACAGCGCCUCCGCGUACCUCUUCCAGCUGGUGGCAGUUGUCGUCCACCACGGAGACAUGCACUCGGGACACUUCGUGACCUACCGACGGUCCCCGCCUUCAGCCAAGAACCCUCUCUCCACCAGCAACCAGUGGCUGUGGAUUUCUGACGACACCGUCCGCAAGGCCAGCCUACAGGAGGUGCUGUCCUCCAGCGCCUACCUGCUGUUUUACGAGCGUGUUCUUUCCAAGAUGCAGCACCAGAGUCAGGAGCGCAAGUCUGAAGAAUGACUCUGCCCCGGCCCCGAAGCUAGAGCUGAUGGCUCCGUCCAAACUGUGUGUGUGUGUGUGUGUGUGCGCGCGCGCGUGUGUGUACGUGCUGUGGUGUGUACGUGCAAGCAGCCCCACUAGAGUCCUGCAGCCUUCUGGCGUGUUCUAAGAGCAGGCUCCACACAGGAGCUGGUGGCCCCGAUUCAAACGCGGUCAGGCUCCCCGCACAGCUCUGCCCGUGCGCACCAGGGCGGCGGUGUCGGGCUAGGAAAACAGUCAUUGUGUCUAGAGCGUGUCUUGUCACUCACCUGAUCCAGGUAAUUAAAAGAAACCAGACUCCAGAAGCCACCUUUUUUAGAUUCUGAUACAUUAGGUGUUCUCAGAGGGGAGUUAACUUUGUCUGAUCCUCCAACGUGUCAGCAUAGAUCUUUUAUUUUUAAUAAGCAGUCCCAUAAAAAUGGUUGAAUUAGUGAAAUUAUUAAAGGCAACGACUUCGAAGAAAAAGUGCCUUUCACUCUCAAUUGCUUUCGUAGCAUGUCCCUUAUGGAAAAUACACCUCAUCUGGGAAUCACAUAAACAAUUUUUCAAAAGCUCUGUACCUUCCAAAGUUACCGAAUGGAGAGCAACAGAACAGUUUAAAGACGCCUGAUGCACACCUGCCUUCCCUUUUUAUAUGGCUUUUUCUAACCUUUCGAUUCUUUAUAUGUGGUAAAAGCUCAUCUGCCAAAUCUGCCCCUCGGGGAAAUUCUUUCUCUACUUUGUCAGUUACAAGUGACCAGCUUUCUCUUUGCUGUUAUCUUUUGUAUCCUGGACUCCGAGGUGUGAUUAUCGCAUAUUAUAGAACUGUGUGAACAGCCAGAACUCGGUGGCCUGUGUGCCACACCUACGACUCCUCCGCUCUGUAGAAAACCCUUUCUCACACAAGGACCCCACGGUGGACAGCUAUUCUCAUCUAUUUAUUUAUUGCCCAUAAAGAGCUCCUGAGGUUUACGGGUGGAGCCGGGGGCUGUGUCGGAAAGAAAAGACAAUCCUGGCCUCCAUUUGAGAGCUGGAUUCUGAAAGAAGGGCACUGACCUUGGGGCUGCUGCCACUCUGGACCUCAGUUUCCUCAUCUGUAAAGUGAAGAGUUAGAUUCCAUGACCAUCCACGUCCAGCCCUUCCCACAAAAAAGAAGUUUAAAAAAACUUUUUGAACAUACAA